AUGUCCCAGAAGGAUCCCUGCCAGAAACAAGCCUGUGAAAUACAGAAAUGCUUGCAAGUGAACAACUACAUGGAGUCUAAGUGUGAAACCGUGCUUCAGGAAAUGCGGAAGUGCUGUGCCCGGUACCCCAAGGGCAGAUCCAUCUGUUGUUCAGGGUUUGAGAAAGAAGAAAGGGAGAGAGAAAAGUUCAAGGCGACUUCAGAAGGAAUUCCCCCACCACCUCAGUAACACAAUGCAGCUCCAGCAGGUGCCGGAGCACGGACUCACCUGCAGAGCUCAUGUGUGUUUUUUCAAGCCUUCUUUAGACUUUCAGGAAAGCCAGAUCGCUCCUAGAACACACCACCCGGCACACCAAAAAGUACAACGCAGUACCAACAGAUGGCCUGGUUAACAGACUUUAUUUUCUGUACCAAAACAUCAUCUACAUUGUCUUUGCAUCGCACCUGUGUCUGUGAAAAGUCAACUUGAUGUUUUUAGAAUGCUUACCUUACUCUAAUCCAUCCUUGCUCUCAAAAUGGAGAACUGGAACCAAGUUAUUCUGGCUUCUGGAGCGAGAGGUACAGGAAAUAACCUCAGAAGAGUGAGUGAGUUUAAGCGUGACACAUGAAACAAGCCCAUCUUGACACGGCAAAGGUAUUGCUGCCAUCAUGCAGUAGUUCCAGACAACAUUUGCCUGUCCAGUGGUUCAAGCUCAAGAAUGGGAAUCAGGUCUUGUUCAGGAUUGUUCCUAGGUCUUGCAUAGAUCACGAGUGACUACAAGUCGCUUUGCCUAAGUGCCUCACUUUCCCACUGGACAGACUUUUGGUUACUUUAUAUUUGAAUUGCCUACACGCUGCUAUUUGCAUGACAAAGAUGUUACAGGAACAUUAUUUCAGGGAUUGCUACAGGAAUAGGAUUUUUUUAAAAAGCAAUAUUCAUUUGAAAGAUCUGACUGUUGAUAUAAAAUUUAUAAAUUUAUGUUAUCAUUGAACACCUUUAAGCAAUAUGUUAUGAACCCAGCUAGUUCAACCUGCUGGUACCCAGAGGCCUGUCACAAAGCCCUGGGCUAGAUCCAAGAACUGAUUUAGGUGCUGCUUACUGAACAAGCAGUUAUAGGCACUUGCUUUCAACACAGCAUUCCAGACUCACUCACAAGCUGGCUGUGUCUGGACCCCAGUGAGAGAUGGCUUUUCAGAAGGUCUCACCUGUGCAGCAGAAUUUCCUGUGACCUGUAGGAAGAGCUCAGUAGACAGGUUCCUGCAUCACCCUUCAGAGCUGCCCAAGUCUCUCCGUCCCGUGUAGCAGGAGUCCAGGCACCUAAAUAUCAGACUUCGAACCCACUAGGCCCCUAACUCUGUCAUUAGAUCUAGCCGUAAAGGACUUUUGUGCUGUGAUCAAAUACAACUUACUUAUGAAAUACAGCUUCUAUAAACAGACCACUGUAGUCUAGGCACAAUAGUUGAGUAUAUUGAAGCCUAGAAGAGCAAACCAUCUGUAUUCGCUGCUCUGAAAUACCAUGAUACAAAAUAAAUGACUGGAACAAA